CAACUCAAAACGUGCAGACCCAGCAACUCAGGGGAUGCUGAACUGAGAGGAAAGGAGAUGCAUUUGCAACUCUUGCUUGUGCAAAAUACACGUUGGGUCACGGUGGGUGGCUUCCGGGUUCCUGGACCUCUUGCAAUAUCUUACCAGAAGUCAGAAGCCCCAGCCCCACAACCGUGAUAAGUAAGGCUUUGGUUGCAGGGCAGGGGCAGCACCUUCCUGUUUUGCCUUAGGUGGCAAAACAGGAUGGGCUGCCCCUGGGCUCUUGUCCAUUUUAACUUGAGUGCCUUUGUGUUUACCCUGGCAAAACAAUCCUAUUGACACAACCAAUGGGCAGCAAAUUCCUGUCACUAACAACAGAGCCCUGGGAAACUUAUCUCAGUGGUAUAUUUGAAGGGAAACAGGAUAAUACUCUAAGUCUCUCUAUAGAGCAGUUUGCAAACCAGGGGGGAAAGAGAACAGUCUGGGCAACUUUGAUCACAGGUAAGUAGUCCUAAGCUUUCUUCCCUACUUCAGCUAAGACUAUUUACUAUUUGAGCCUGUAGUCUGGCAGUUUGGGCUAAUGGUCUAGGCACCUGGGUGACAGAUAAUACCCUGCACUGCUCAGCAAGUCCAUAACCCCAGGAUUGCUCAAAACUGUUUUCCCCAGAACAGAAGUAAGGUAAAGGUAAAGGGACCCCUGACCAUUAAGUCCAGUCACAGACGACUCUGGGGUUGCGUCGCUCAUCUCACUUUAUUGGCUGAGGGAGCUGGCAUACAGCUUCUGGGUCUUGUGGCCAGCAUGACUAAGCUGCUUCUGGCAAACCAGAGAAGCGCACAGAAACACCAUUUACCUUCCCGCUGGAGCGGUACCUAUUUAUCUACUUGCACUUCAUGCUUUCAAGCUGCUAGGUUGGCAGGAGCAGGGACCGAGCAACGGGAGCUCACCCCGUCGUGGGGAUUCAAACUACCGACCUUCUGAUCAGCAAGCCCUUGGCUCAGCAAUUUAACCCACAGUGCCACCCAAAAGCUUGAGCUCAGCUCAAAAGGUGGUAUUAGAUAGAGUUGGAUCCAUUGGAAGAUGGAUAGUGAUUUGCAGUAGAUCCAAAAGGGUUUCUUAUGUCACCUCCAGUCUAUCAUUAUUCUGUGGGAGGGAUUUAAUCACAAACGGGAAAUUUAGGGUUGUGUACACACUAUGCCUUUAAAAUCCAUUCAAAGCCCAUUUUCCCCCUCAAAUAAUUUUGGGCACUAUAGUUUGCCCCUUGCAGAGUUGCAAUUCCCAGCAAACCCUUAAGCAAGUACUGUGUCCAGAAUUAUUUGAGAGAAAUAAUGAGCUUCAAAGGUGAUUUAAGCAUGUAGUGUAUACAAAAAUAAAAAGAAUCCUGGACUUUUUGCAGUUUGGGGGAGUGGCAGGGUUAAAAGUAUGCAAAGGGUAGGGGCAUGGGGGAGAAAUAUGAUUCAGUUCACAUUUAAAGGUGAGGCUGCUUAAACCACAUUUAAACAAUACACAGACUGAAACAGCACCAUCCUUUGAGAUUUGCACUUCUUUAAAUUUUGCAAUGCUGUUCUCCAGCCAAGCACUAGGGUACUGUGUGCAUAAAAAUGCAUAUAUUCAUAAUAGCAACAUACAAACUGCAUUAUAUUUUUGAAAACUGCUUGUGGUUUGUCUUUUUGAAAGGGGGAAAGGAUGGAUUAUACCUUGGAAGACACACAACGGAAGGAGAAACUUCUGAGGACUGUUUAUGCCCUCCAAGUUAAAUCAGAUGCCACAUUUCAGAAAGCCAGCCCUCUCCUGAACAGCCACCCUGGUACAGGCAUGGUGACAGAACACCAAGUGCACCAGCUGGCCGAGAAAGCCAAGGUCAUCUGCCAUGACCUGGACAAUAUCAAAAACUCCCUUUACUACCGGCAAGAUGAACUGGUGCAGCAGAUCCCAAACCCCAACGGCAACCAUUAUGGAGGUGUGUGUGGAAUUCACUGCUCACUCGAUGGCCUUAUCUACAUGACUAGUGAAAAUGCACCAAGGGUUCACUUCCUCAACCGCUCAGGCCAAACUUUUCAGUCUAUACCAUGUGUGGAAUGGAAGAAGAAUGAGACUUUUUUGCCAGAGGACGUGACCGUGACUAGGGCAGGGAUGGUGGCAAUUACAGACCUGGUCAAUGGGACUGUCCGCAUCUUCAACAACCACUCCAAGUUCUCCAAGGGAGAAUGGCUAAGAAUUGGAAAGUUUUGUUCCCCCAGGGGAAUUGGAGUGGAUACAUCUGGAAAGAUUUUGGUGGCCGACUACACGGAAGGAAAAGUUCAUAGCUUUGCCCUUGACCGUGCUUUCAAGGUGCAAAGCACCCACUCUGUCUCCAACCUGCGUGGGCCACGCUACGUGUGCUUGGCCCCAGAAGGAGGGUUUGUGGUGAGUGAAGAAUGUGGUGAUGUCAAGCUCUUCAGUAGCAACCACAAACUGGUCUCUUCCAUCAGCAGCAAAUAUGGCCACUGCUUUGGCAAUCCCUCCGGGGUCUGCGCUGAUAGAGAAGGCAACAUCAUUGUGGCUGAUGAACAGCACCAGAAAGUCCACUUGUUUCCCAGGAGUGGGUCUCCCAUCUGCCUGGUAUCUAAAGGUCUGCAGAGACCAAUGGGAAUAGCUUGUUCCACCCAGGGGUUGCUGUUAGUUGCCGAUAGUGGAGAUAACUAUGUCAAAGUCUUCAAGUACCGUGUGAGACCCCAUUACAGCUCUGACAAUCUUUGUAUACCUAGUGACAGUCCAAACCUAACACCUAGAGGGAGAGCAGAGUAGGAUUAUUCCAUAAUUCACCUCCAGGCAUCUUCUGCAUUGACCUCUGCCACACUACCUCAUCUGACAGUACAGUCAGUUAUCCAAGUUUUUCUAGCACUCAAAAGGACUUGCUGCAGCAAACUACACCUUUGUCACAUGGUGGACUCGAGCUAAACAGCUUAGAUCCCGAUAUCUGACCCAUAUCCAUAUCUUGGAUGUUAUGACUGGCAGAGGGGGCCCUUUUGGUAGUUCCAGUACUCUCAGAAGUUCAAGGUGGCCUGGAGAGGGCAUUCUCUGUGGCAGCCCCUACAUUGUGGAAUUUCCUCCCCACAGAGAUGCGACUGGCACUUUCAUUAUGCCAAAGACACACCUUCUUCCUGGCCUUUGACACGUGAUAUAUAUAGUUUUAGGGCCCGUGCUAUUCUCUUGACUGCAAUUUGUUUUAAAAUGAUUUUAAAUCACCCACCUGUGAUUCCCAACAAGUGGUAUUCAGAGGCAUACUGCCACUGACAGCAGAGGUAGAACAUAACCUUUGUGGCUAGCCCUAGCUGGCAUGGGAGUUGUAGUCCAAAGCAGCUGGAGGGCACUUGGUUGGUGAAGGCUGUACUACCACAUCUGAAGCUAGCUUAGGGGCUACAGGGCAGGCUGUGAAGCUCAUAUAGUUCUGUCCUCCAACACCAGCCAUUGCCCCUGGCAUCUAACAGUGACCGUCACACCCUGCCCAAUGGUAGGGCUGGCCCAGUAUAGCCCUUGAGGAAGAAACCUGGUUCUUCUAAAGAGCCAGAGCCUUUUAGGAGCCACAGACAUGCCAUUAUUAUUAAAGAGAAAGUUUUCUCUAAUGUAUGUUUUCAUGAAAAGUAAGAUUAGCUGAAUUAUAUUUGUCACUGGUAAUGUUAACAACUAGAGUAAAUUAUAAUAAAAUUAUCUGAUCACAGACCAUAGCGGGACAUUCAGAAGGUCAAAGUAAUAAAAGAGGUCAAAGACUC